UCAGAGAGUCCGGCUCUGCUUACAGCCUCUGACGCCAGAGGGACUGAAAAUAGCCCCUGGAGGGGGGCUAUUUAAAGGGCCUGGAGGAGUCGAGCGGGCGAGAGAGACCAUGGCCGCCUCGGAGCUGAGUUGCCGAGUGUCCGAGGAGAACCGGGAGCGCAGGGAGGCCUUCUGGGCCGAGUGGAAGGACCUGACACUCUCUACACGGCCCGAGGAGGGCUGCUCCCUGCAUGAGGAGGACGCCGUGCGCCGGGAGACCUACCACCGGCAGGGGCAGUGCCAGGCGUUGGUGCAGUGCUCGCCCUGGCUGGUGAUGCGGAUGGGCUUCCUGGGCCGUGGGCUGCAGGAGUACCUGGUGCCCUACCAGCGGGUGCUGCCGCUGCCCAUCUUCACCCCCACCAAGCUGGGCGCCAAGGAAGAGCGCGAGGACACCCCCCUCCAGCUGCGGGAGAUGCUGGCGCUGGAGGCAGCCCUGGGCGGCCAGAGUGCCGAGCGCCAGGACGUGGCCGAGAUCACCAAGCACCUGCCUCCCGUGGUGUCUGUCAGCAAGCCGGGGGCCCUCCACCGCUCCCUAUCCCGCUCCAUGUCCCAGGAAGCCCAGAGGGGCUGAGACCCCUGGGACUCGGCUCUGCUGCAUGCGGCCAGUGCCCAGCCCAUCCUGGCUAGGACCAUGGACGGGAGCUCUGGCCGUGGGUGCUUUGUAGUUUGCUGAGUUGGGGGCUGGGGAAGGAGGGAGCCAGAGGCCAGGAUGCUGAGGUCCUCUGAGCACCCGGAGCGAGGGGGUGGAGAGCUGGGGCUGGCACAGCUGAGCCACCCUGGCCCCAGGAGAAGGCACAGACGGACUACGUAUGGAGAGGGGACACAAGGGUGAUGAGAAGGUGACCCUGAUUCCAGCUUCAGAGAGAGAUGAGGAAACGUGUGGAAUGUGCUGGGAAGGACGCUUGGAACAGUCUGAAGAAAGAGGGAGGGAGGGAGACGUGGAGAGGGCAGAGGCGGGGUGGGGCCCCCAACCCCCGCUGUUAGCGCUGCAAUAAACAGUCCUGU